AUGUCUUCUGCCCCCGAGACUAACCCACCUAUGGAGCUCUCCCAAGUCUCGGACACAGAGACAGGGUACCAGCCUGAAGAGACCCCAACCGUUCCCGAACAGACUCGGGACCAAGGAGAGGACCACCACCCAUGUUCGACGACGAGCCCCGCCCCUACCGAUAUCGCUGCACUCACAGAUGAGUGGUGGAUACAGCACGAGCUUCCCAAGAACCCCGUCUUUCCAUCCCCCACCACUAGGUCCGAGUGGUAA